ACUGUGGUGUCCUCUUCAGGCUCUCCUCUCAUCGGCUGUAUCCUACGUGGACGCUGCUGCUAGCUAUGCUGCACGGGACACUAUAUUCUCCGGCAUAGCAUAGCACAGCAUGAUCUCAGCACUGGUCCACAGAUCCGAUGCGAUGUGCUGCCAGUGUCUGUUCUCGACUAUCACUGGCUCAUUAGGACUGCAGCUCCGCGUUAGACCAGCAUCAGAUAGCCUGUCAUGGGAAGAUAGAUUGAGGAGCUGAGUAGGGUAAGGGAAAGAGGGGGAGGGAGAUGAAGGAGAUGCGCCCGCAGACUUCUUUCUAUGUGUAGUAAUUCGACCAUGUCAAAUGGUAGUGACAGAAAGUGAUAUAAUAGCCCACCGCGAUGAGCGGUUUGGUGCAGCUACCCAGCGGAGGACUCACAUAUCCGCUCCUAUAGAUUCCACAAUGGACAAGGGGAACAGGAAUAGCCGUACGGAUGAUUAGAUUGGUUUUUGUUGCAUUACCACUACUUAAUGUAAAGAUAAUUCGAUUGUUUUUGGAUUGGGGGUUGAUGAGUAGCCUUGCACUGACGUGGUAUGCUCUGGAUACCGCCCAAAAAGUCGUCGGUCCCAAACGAACACAUAAUAAUAAGGUUCUAGCUAAGUAGGUUGGUUCUUCUCAGUUGUCCAGGUUAGCCUAUACAAUUAAUAAGAAGGGAGAUUGACUUGUGUAAAUGUCCUAGAACGUUUUUGGAAUGAGCUCUGAGCCCGUGGCAAUAUCAGUUGAUAUUUUCUAAAGAUUCUAAAGUAGGACCAUAAAGUGAUUGUAUGCCCCGUCUGUCGCGGGGUGGGUUGCUAUCCGACGGGGAGGGGGUCGCCAUCCGACACGGAGUGGGUCGCUGUCCGUUGAGCUAGUGGUGCUGAAGUCUGGAUGAUGCCUGUUCAGCGACUGCAAGGCUGCCGCUCCCUCCACUUAAACGAAGACAACGGCCGCUUCUUGCUACUAGCCAUCCUGAUCGUUCUGUAUCUGCUGUGCGGUGCCGUGGUGUUUUCUGCUAUAGAGCGUCCUUCGGAGGUGCAGGCGCACGGCAAAUGGAACAUAACACUUUUCAACUUCAGUGACACGUUCAAUAUCAGUUUGGAGGAUCUGAACUCUUUCCUGCGGGAGUAUGAGACUGCUAUUGCCGCGGGCAUCCGAGCUGAUGCUCUCAGGCCGCGAUGGGAUUUUACAGGUGCUUUUUAUUUUGUUGGGACUGUGGUGUCAACUAUUGGUUUCGGGAUGUCCACUCCAGUGACAGUAGCAGGGAAGGUGUUCCUGAUCUUCUACGGUCUCCUCGGCUGCGCAGCCACCAUCUUGUUCUUUAACCUCUUCCUGGAACGCAUUAUCACCCUCCUGGCUGUGGUCAUGAAGGCCGUGAGGGAACGGCGCAUUCGGAACUCCGGCCUCCUCCCGCCGGGUAUCCGCCAUGACUUCUCAGCGUGUUCUUUCCCGGGGUGGAAGCCGUCUGUCUACCACGUCAUGUUGAUCCUGGGGCUAUCCGCCAUCAUCAUCUCCUGCUGCGCCUCGGCCAUGUACACCCCCGUGGAGGGAUGGGCCUACCUCGACUCACUCUACUUCUGCUUCGUCACAUUCAGUACCAUCGGCUUUGGGGACCUGGUGUCGAGCCAGAGAGCAGACUAUGAGUACCAGCCACUGUACCGUCUAGCCAACUGCCUGUUCAUCCUUAUGGGCGUGUGUUGCAUCUACUCUCUGUUCAACGUCAUCUCCAUCGUCAUCAAACAGGUGCUCAACUGGAUGCUUCAGAACUUAUGCUGCCAGCGGUGUAAAAUCAAGUCCAACUCUUUCCCAUUGGGUCGCCGCAAUGCCAUCCGGCCUGGUUCGAGAAUCCGUAAAGGUCGCUUCCGAAUCAAACGCACGCCGGACUCGGGGGAUUCGGGACCCUGCGAAAGCGACAUGGAGGGAGGAGGACGCAGACUCUCGGGAGAGAUGAUUUCAAUGAAGGACCUGACGGCCUCGAAUAAGGUCUCACUGGCACUCAUGCAGAAGCAGUUAUCAGAGUCCGCUAACGGUUAUCCCAGGACGGUGUGUGGCGGCUCGAGACAUAACGGGUUCUCUGGAGGAGUGGGCGCUCUGGGGAUCAUGAACAACAGGCUGGCAGAGACCAGCAACUCCAGGUAGAACUGAGCAGUGUUUCUCGUCUUCUAGUCCGUGGACAGGCACUGGUCUGUGGGAUGGGACUUUCAGUCCAAGAGAUGAGUAGCUGACUUAAUUUAAGCGCUCCCUCAUGGAGUAAAGACCAUAGACUGCUUGUCUUAAUGAAAAGGUUGAGACACACUGGAGAGAACCCUGCAGGAAAAUGUGCUUAAGAAGACAUACUGAUGGAGAGAAACAGAGGCGCUUAAAGAUUCUGCAAAGUUUCAUGUGAUGAACUAUACUUGCUAUCACUCUUGUCAUGCUUGAUUAUGUCUGGUCCUUCGUUGGAAGAGCAUGAUGAUAUGCAUGACAUUUUUAGGGAUGUAAUCAACAUCCUGUGAUGAUGAUGAUGAUGAUGAUGAUGAUGAUGAUGAUGAUGAUGAUGAUGAUGAUGAUGAUGAUGAUGAUGAUGAUGGACAGUUGUAGUGAUACUGUGGGAAGGAAAGUAACCUUCUUGUAACUGAACUUUGGAAGGUCAAAACACUACAUUUUGCUCUCUGACUCAAAGCAACCGGAGAACAUUUUCACUGAUAUAGCAGUGGUAUUCUUCAGGAUAAUUAGUUAGCCAUACCUGAGUAGAUCUCUGAGGCUGUAUGUAUCAUGCGUCUUAGAUACAGAGAGACAGAAAGUGAGAUAGAUCCUAGAUCAGCACUCCUCCUCUGAGACUUGAUACAUUUUGACUUCUACAGUGUACUGUACUGGAAGAGGCAACUCUGUGUGAUCAUUAUUAGGCUACAUCAUUAUCGCUUCCCCAAUAAUUCUGACAUUUAUAAGUAGAUUUGAAUGUAAAGGUUGAGUUGGUACUGUAGCUGUCAUCUCUGUAUGGUAUAACUAUGCAUUCCAUGUCUCAUGGUGGAGAACAAUAGGAACUCAUCUACAUAUCAGAUCCACGUACAGAUCUGUCCUGAAGUAUGGAAGCUGAACCAUAGAGAGACUAACCUUACAGACCUGUCCUGAAGUAUGAAGCUGAACCAUAGAGAGACUAACCUUACAGACCUGACCUGAAGUAUGGAAGCUGAACCAUAGAGAGACUAACCUUACAGACCUGUCCUGAAGUAUGAAGCUGAACCAUAGAGAGACUAACCUUACAGACCUGUGCUAAAGUACGGAAGCUGAACCAUAGAGUGACUAACCUUACAGACCUGUCCUGAAGUAGGGAAGCUGAACCAUAGAGACUAACCUUUACAGACCUGUCCUGAAGUAUGGAAGCUGAACCAUAGAGUGACUAACCUUACAGACCUGUCCUGAAGUAUGGAAGCUGAACCAUAGAGCGACUAACCUUACAGACCUGUCCUGAAUUAUGGAAACUGAACCAUAGAGAGACUAACAUUACAGAUCUGUCCUGAAGUAGGGAAGCUGAACCAUAGAGAGACUAACCUUACAGACCUGUCCUGAAGUAUGGAAGCUGAACCAUAGAGAGACUAACCUUACAGAUCUGUCCUGAAGUAUGGAAGCUGAACCAUAGAGAGACUAACCUUACAGACCUGUCCUGAAGUAUGGAAGCUGAACCAUAGAGCGACUAAUCUUAAAGAUCUGUCCUGAAGUAUGGAAGCUGAGCCAUAGAGAGAAUAACCAUAGGGAUGGCAAACCUAGUCUCAACUACUAUAUGAAUAGAAUGACUUGAAUGGAGAGUCAAGCCAUUCAUGUCAAUGUUCUGUGAUGGGUGGGCCGGCGACCAUAUGGAUUGUACCCAUGCGAGGAAGUACAAGCAAGAAAUCAUUAUAUUUCUAUGGUCUCAAGCAAUCAUCUUGAUACUAGUCUCAUCUUAAGCUCAGGUGACUGAUUCUGUUGGGGAAGAGGAGACAGGUUCAGCACGACCCUAAUCACCCCUCAACCCUUCCCUCUGGCCCUAGCGCUUUGAUGUUUAACAAUCUGUAAGGUAGAAGCAAUAUGGUGGAAGCUCCAACACUUCACUGUUGAUACCUAUCCAAACCCUUCAGAUCUG